AUGGCAGCAGAAGCAAGAAGAGCCUUAGAGGCAUUAAUGGGAGCUGAAGCUUUAGGAGGUGUUCCGGAUCAUAUGAGGUACGACGAUGAAAAAAAAAUGGAUCUCGGUGCAUGUCCCAAAAUCCAUUCAGAACGAUUAAAAACCGAAUAUGAAGAAGCAAAACAAAAAAAAGUAUGCGAUUUUGAUUUAGAGUUUGAACGUAACCUAGGCAAUUUUGUGUCAGAUUGCGAUCGAAAAAUCGCGAGCGCACAGAAACGCUUGGAUAAAACUCCUGAAGAUAGUGCAAAAGUCUCUCAAUUGACAAGAGAAAUUGAAAAUUUGUCCACCGAAAUAUCAGAAAUGACUAAAGAAGUGGAAGUUCUGGGUGAAGAAGGUAAAGUCGCUGAGUCGAUGAAAUUAUUACAAGAUGUUGAAGCAAAGAAGGCAGCAAAACUCGAAAAAGAG